AUCUCAAAAAAGAAAAAGAAAAAGAAAGAAGGAAAACUGAUUCUAUAAUUUGGAGCUUCGCUUUGGCGCUAAAGAGAACGGCUUUAUUCUUCUCUUUUAAUUGCGAAACAGUAAAAACCCUAAUUAUCAUAGUCUAAUUAUUCGAGAGGGAUUCAAAUCACGCACGAUCAUCCAUAUAAGUUAUUUUUUAGGUAGUUAAUUUUCCGAGGAGGGAAAGUUUCUGGUGUUGUGAUGAUGAAGAGUUAAAUACAGAAGAGGAUUCGAUCUGCUAAAGCAUUUUGAACCAGCUAGGGUUACACAGAUGGCUCUGGUGGAUUACAUCACUGUAACAAAAUAAUGUUUUAGAAAUGAUCCAUCUGUCAACUGUCUUGUUUUUGUUGUUGCAUUGAUUUGCUAUGUUAACGUUGUCCCACACUGGAACAGCAGCAUGCACAAUUAUGCAAACCUAUAGCAAAGAAGUUGCAGAUUGUGAUACUCAUAAUGAUAGCAAUGGGGACUUAGAAUUGGAGGAAGAGGAUGAAGAUGAGGAUAUAGACUUCGACCCUUUUGUGCAAGAUACUCCAUCUCCCGAAGCCUCUUCAAGCUUGAGUUCUGAGAAUGGAGGAUUUGACGAUGAGGCUCUGUAUGAAUUUGGAAGCUCUUCUCAUCAUAAGGACUCUGAUGCAUUGUUGGAACCGGUUAUUGGAGGCUCCAAGGAUGCAGAUGCUGGACAGGAAAUUGUUGACAAUGUGGAAGACAUUGCAACCCCUGAGAAAGGUGUCAGUGGGAAAGAUGGCGCAAUGGGGAAAUCGAAGAAGAGGAAGUCACCUUUGAUUGAUGAGCAGGAAACACAAAGUUUAGGUAAUGCUACCUCAUCAGUUGGUCAUCUUGAAAAGAGUCAGGUUUGUACGGAGGGUGCCCUUGAGAAGGGAAAGCAAGAUGGAGAUUGCAAUAGAACAGAGGAUGAAUUGUUGGGCCAAACCAUGGAUUCCCUGCCUGAUUUGAGAAUUUCAAGAAAAACCAUUAUUGAAACACAAAGGGGCCAAGACAAUGAUGUGGAUAUUGAGGAUGCUAUAUGUAGGCGAACUCGUGCACGCUACUCACUUGCUGGCUUGACACUUGAUGAGCUGGAGGCAUUUCUCCAGGAAUCAGAUGAAGAUGACUAUUUUCAAAAUGUUGAUGAUGAAGAGGAAUAUCGUAAAUUCCUGGCUGCUGUUAUUUGCAAGGUAGAUGGAGAUGAUAAAGAUGAUCAGGUGAUGCAGGAUAAGGAUGAAAAUGAGGAUGAUGACGAAGACAAUGAUGCUGACUUCGAGCUUGAAAUUGAAGAGGCCCUAGAAAGUGACAAUGAUGAAAAUUCUAGUGAAAAGGUUGAGAAGAAAAACUUACGAGGGGCUUCUCAUAAGCAUGAGACCAGGCAGAAUAGGCGUCAAAAGGUGCCUACCCAAGACAAAGGGAGGCUUCUAGGUUUGGCAAAGACCCCACUGCGUCCCAUAUUGCCAUUAACAACAAAUGCACAGGCCACACACUCUUCGCCAACAGAAAUGCAAAAUGCAAAUCAUGGUCUUCAUGGUAAGUCUUCAUUGCCUAUGAUUGAUACGGCAGACGGGUUUACUCCUCAUCAGAUAGGCCAAUUGCACUGCUUAAUAUAUGAGCAUGUCCAACUUCUUAUUCAAGUGUUCUCCUUGUGUGUUAUGGAUCCUUCUCGUCAGCACAUUGCAAGUGACAUUCAAAGAAUGAUUAUGGAUCUGGCUGAUAAGCGUGAAGAAGUUUUAAGUUGGAGAAAAACCCCAUAUCCUGAGUGUUGUUUUCAGCCCCCAUUGGUUCAGCCAUCCGCUUCUUUGUUAAAGGAUCCCUAUUUUUUAUCUCUAGUUACUUCCAAAUCGUCAGAGUUACGGAGGCCUUUUUGCAGCAGUGUUGGGUCUGCUUCUUGUCAACCAUCUUCAGGGUCCCCGAAUGUUCAUUGUGUGUCAGGGGAUACCAUUCAAAAUAAUGGGGAUCCUGGUUGGGUACCUACAGUAUUGGGAAGUGUGGUAUCAGUCCUUGACGUUGCUCCACUUGGUAUGGCUCGAGGAUUUCUCGCGGAUGUUUCUAAUGCCGUGGAAGCGCAUAAGAAUCGUCGGGUGGAAACUGCAGAUUAUAAUACUUGUUUUGAAAAAGAACCUCUUUUCCCUUUUCCUGCAUUUGCCAAUAGUGUUGAAACUAAUUCAACAAUUACUAGAGGAGGAGUUUCCACAUGUCCAAACUCAGAUUCAUCUUCUAGGCCUGUACCUUCCCAGCCAAAGAAGACCAUGGCUGCUGCUCUUGUAGAGAGCACGAUGAAGAAGUCAGUUGCUCUUGUCCCCAAGAACAUUGUCAAGUUAGUCCAGAGAUUUUUUCUAAUGUUCAAUCCAGCCUUAUUUCCUCACAAGCCUCCUCCAGUUGGUAAUGCAAACCGGGUGCUGUUCACUGAUUCUGAGGAUGAGUUAUUAGCCAUGGGGUUGAUGGUGUAUAACAGUGACUGGAAGGCAAUCCAAGAACGCUUUCUUCCAUGUAAAUCAACACAUCAGAUAUUUGUCAGACAGAAGAAUCGUAGCUCAGCCAAAGCACCUGAAAAUCCGAUAAAAGCAGUUCGUAGAAUGAAGUCUUCUCCUUUGACUGCAGAAGAGAAAGCACUAAUUCAUGAGGGACUUAGAGUCUUAAGGCUCGAUUGGCUAUCAGUGUGGAGAUUCUGUGUUCCUCAUAGAGAUCCUGCCUUACUACCUCGUCAAUGGCGAAUAGCACUUGGGACUCAGAAGUCUUACAAAAUGAGUGAAGCUGAAAAGCAAAAGCGCCGGCUUUAUGAAGCAAAAAGAAGAAAAUCCAAAGCGGCAAAAACUGAUGAGGAUCAUGGUCGUCAGACUGAUAAUGUUGGUGAUGAAGAUAACAGUGGAGAUGACAAUACAGAAGUUGAAGAAGAAGAAGAGGAAGAAGAAGAAGAAGAAGAAGAAGCUUAUGUGCAUGAAGCUUUUCUUGCUGAUUGGAAACCUAAGGACUCCAUUCUUGUGACCUCUGAAACUGCCUUAUCAGCUACAUUGGACAAUAGCAGUAGGGGUCUUGGAGUGGAUGGUUCAUCCCCACAAAAGGAAGCCCAAGUCAGUGAAAAAGGUUCUAUUGCCCUGAUCGACGGAUUCAGAAAAGCUUUGCCAGAUAACAGUUCCUCACAUCAACUUAUUGCCUCAUCAAAGCCUUCUGGAAGGCAACCUAUCCCUCUUCUCACUCAUGUUACUUGCAAGGAAUCUCACACUGAUUCUUCCACCAAACUGGCUAUGGAUAGUGGCAAAAGGCCCUUACGAAGCCAAGUGACAUUUCGACCAUAUCGCAUGCGUAAAGGGAAUACCCAUUUAGUCAAGUUGGCACCUGACUUGCCUCCUGUCAACCUUCCCCCAUCUGUGCGGGUCAUCCCUCAAUCUACUCUUAAGACUUCACUUUGUGGGGCAUCUAACAAACUAAUUGCUAAAGAGAAGAGAAAUUCAACUGCACAGUUGAAUAUAUCAACCAUAACUAGUUUACCAUCUUCUUCAAAGAGUAACAGUAAGGGACCAGAAGGUUUGAAUAACUCAACUGAACAGUUGAAUAAGUCAGUGAUAACUGACUUGCCAUUUUCUACGAAGAGUAGCAGUCAGGGAACAAAAGGCUCAAAUAAAUCAACUGAACAGUUGAAUAAAUUGGCCACAACUGAGUCACAAUUUUCUUCAAAGCAAAGCAGCAAGGAAAACGAAGGUUUGAACAAAUCAACUGUACUGUUGAAUAAAUUGGCUAUAAGUGACUCACCUUCUUUGAUGAGUAGCAGUAAGGAACCAGAAGGUUUGGAUAAAUCAACUGAACUGUUGAGGAAAUCGGCCAUGAUUAACUUCCCAUCUUCUAUGAGGAGUAGCAGUAAGGAAACAGAAGGUUUGAUGUCCAAAUCAUCUCGAAAGACUCCACCUGUGGAAAAGAAAUCUUUGUGUUUCAGUUCUAGUGAUAAGAAUGUUGAUUUACAAGAUCAAAGAUAUUACCCAAAUCAAAGCACAUCUGUGGAUGUCUCCAAUGAAGUUGAUUUUCAGAUGCAUCCUUUACUCUUCCAGACUCCUGAAGGGGGUUACCAGCUGUAUCAUCAGAACUAUAAUGCUACCACUUCAAGUACAUCUCACUUUUUUUCUGGAAAUUCGCUUCAUGCAAAUUUCAGUUCGUUCUUUAAGCCCCAACAAGUGAUUAGUUCAAUUGUUGACCAGUCUCCUACUAUGGGGUCAAUAGAGGCACCCUCAAGCUUGCGUACCAUACACUUUCACCCUCUGUUUCAGAGGACUGAUGUCAUAGAUAAGGACUCCAGGGCUCUGGCUGCUUCACUUCGUUCCUCUGUUGCUUGUGCAACUGAGCCUCAAGGAAAUGAUAAAUCUUACCCCUUCAGUUCUUCGAAUCCCAUUGAAGGAAAUUCAGAUGAGCUGGACUUGGGUAUUUAUUUGAGCACUGGGAAUGGAAGGAGAAAAAUAAUAGAAAGAGUAAAUACUAAUAAUGAUAAUACAGAUUCAGGUUUAAGGUCUAGGCAAACUCAUAUGUUUGAGGAAAGCCAGCUGGUUAAUGGAUACCAGACUGGAGUAGAAUGCCUUACACCUUCAACUACAACUAAUUUAUGCAUGCAUGCAAUACAGAGCUCUGAUGAAUUUGAUUUAUGGUCAAGAAGUAGGAAUAGAGCACAGGGCCUAUUUGCUUUGGAACAACCAGAUGGAUCAAAUGGUGUUAUGCAGAGAUCCACUGAGGAAGUAGUGAUGGAACAUGAAGAAUUAAGUGAUUCUGAAGAAGAAAUUGAGAAACAUGUGGAGUUUGAAUGUGAAGAGAUGAUUGAUUCUGAAGGAGAUGAAUCAGAUUGCGACCAGGAAGUACAAAGUAUCGAGUUUGAGGAAGAAGAGAUUAUUUCCGAUGAUGACAAUGCUGAACAAUGUAGCCUGAGGGGUGAUACACCCCACACUAAUGCUUGUGCUAGCAAUGGCCUGGUGACCUCCUGUGACUCAACAGCAAUUGACAAACAACCAAAAAGAAGAAAAAGAUCAACACAGCUAUCCUCUCAUCUAUCCAUUCCUGAUCCUUCCCGUUCAAAAUCCAAGACUGAAAGUGAGAAAAAGAAACGAGUUAGAAAGAGUGCAAGUAAAGCAGCUGAUUCCGACCAGAACAAAUCAAACAAUAGGCGACCUAAGAGAAAAGAAAGCAAAGCUUCCUCAGUAUCUUUUGAUCCAUUGCAGCCCCUUACCUGCACCUCUAAGAGGAAACCUAGAAAGUGUGUCCAAAAAAGUAUAGGUUUUGUGAAUUUUGUGGAGAAGUUACAUCCUUCUAAUUCAGAUAACUGUUCUGAUAAUUGUACCAGUAAUGAUUUACAGACAUGUAGUCUUUCAUUGAUGCCUUGUCCCUCAAAAAUAGGUGAUCAUGCUCCAAAUGUUAACCCCCCUGUGAUAGAAUUCCUUCCUCAGCAUGAUGGGGAAAGGUGAUACAAUUCCCUAUCAACAGAGGGUAAUUGCCCAUCAAUGAAAUGGCUUCUUAAUGUUCUUUCACUUUGUGUCAUUGGUCAUCAGUGUUAGUAUUUGAAUAGAGGAUAGUUUGCUU